AUGUGGUGCUACUGUAGCUUGAUUUCGACGAAACAAGUUCGUUUGCAUACACCGAAGGGUGUCUUGGUCCAAUCGUUACACGUUUGUCACAUCGGUUUGUACACGCAAUUCAAAGAGUUCCGGAAUUCGAGAUUCCGACCCUCCACGCCACGCUCGGACAGUCGCGAGGCUGACAAAGUUUCUGUGACGAGUGCAAACGUCACAUCUCGUGAGUCGUGCUCGCGCGCUUGCUCGUGUUCGAUCGUGUUGACUCCCAUCGCCCAACUUCCUCGUCCAUCGCCCAACUUCCUCGUCCAUCGCCCAACUUCCUCGUCCAUCGCCCAACUUCCUCGUCCGUCGUCAUCUUGCCUCGCCACUAACAUGGUCAACGAUAACCUCAUCGUUGGCCGUUUCAAUAAGGAUACGCGACCUGCUUUUGAAUCGUUACUCGCUGGUACUGAGCGAGAGAUCGUGCGACUCGAGCAAAUAGCUAUUCAAACCAGAACCUCUAUCAACAGGUACUCAAUCAUAUCAUCCCUGCCAUCCGAGAUGCUUUCAGAAAUCUUUGUGCUUUGCUGCCAACCCAAAUAUAAUGCCAUCAGAGGAGUGGAUAGUCAGGAGACAUGCCCUUUGCGCCUCUCUGCCGUCUGCAAAGCAUGGCGUGACCUGGCAUGGAGUAUGAGUCCCUUGUGGUCUGUUAUUAUCUUGAUCAAGCCAGAGCCUCAUGCUUUGCAUCUCGAGGAAAUUCUAGCUUCAUGGAUCAAACGAGCAGGAAAUCAAGCCCUUUCCAUCUGUUACGAAGCACAAUCCACUAGUCUGCUAGAGCGUCUCACCCAAGAAACUUCAAAAUGGAUGAAUGUUUCAAUCUCCCUUGCUUCGGAAUCCUUGUCUAUGAUCAAAAAUUGCAAAUGUUUUCCACUCCUACAACAUCUCUCUAUUCAUGUUCGAGCCCAUAGUCCUAGACCUGACUUUCUGGGAGGUUUCCUGCAUGGUUUUGAAUAUCUUGACAUCUUCAAUGCUGCAAGUCUGCCCAAGAUAACUCACCUGCAUGUACCAAAAUACCUAAGCUGCUUUGAACCCAACUUGAUGUGGUCACAGCUUAGAAUGUUCUCUGCAGACACCAUUGGCCAUGAGGGCCUCUGCAAAAUCUUAGAUUUUGCUAGAUCCCUUGAAGUUUUCAAUGCAAACAGCAUCGAGGCACACUUCAGUUAUAAACCACUGACUGUCAUUCACUCAAACCUCUGA